ACGCGGGCGCGUCCACCUCCGCGCGCCCACCCGUGCAUCCGGCUGCGGCUAGGGUUUCAUGCGCCCCGCGGCCGCCGCAGCCGAUGUCGCACCCCGGCAAGUUCGUAUCCGUUAACCUCAACCGAUCCUACGGCCAGUCCACCCAAUCCCACCAUGGCGGCCGCUCCUCCCGCCCCGCCGCCCCCUCUGCCGCCGCCGGCGGGGGCAUGGUGGUGCUCUCCCGCGGCCGCGGCGCCUCCUCCGUCGCCAAGCCGCAGCAGCCCAAGCUCUCCGUGCCGCCGCCGCUGAACCUCCCCUCCCUCCGCAAGGAGCACGAGCGCUUCGAUGGCGCCACCGCCACCUCAGCCGGCGGGGCCGCCUCGGCCCCGGCCCGAUCUGGCGGGGCCGUGGCCGGCUGGACGAAGCCCGCUCCAGCAUCCGAGAAGCCGCUCGGCUCGGCGCCGCUCCCAAGUGGCGUCGCCCGGCCCCCCUCGUACGGGUUUCAGGACAAAGCCGCCGUCUUGCGGGGGGAGGACUUCCCUUCUCUGAAAGCAGCUGUGGCGCCACCGCCUCCGCCGCCCGUGCAGCAGCGCCACAAGGACGGCGAUGGGGCUCGGGCCGCCACGCCAGAGGCACGGCCGAUGCCCCUCGGUAUGCGGCCUCAGGUGACGCCCUCGCGCGGCGCUGACCCCUUGGCUUCUGCUGGUGCUGGUGCCCAUGCUUCGGUGGAGAAGGCGCGAAAGCAUGAUUUGGGGCCGCUUCCGCUGGUGCGGCUUAGGUAUAAUUCUGAUUGGGCUGAUGAUGAGCGUGAUACAGGGCUGAGUCUCCCGGAACGCGACAGUAGGGAGAGUGGAUUUGGUAGGAGUGAACCCAUGGCUCCGGGGCGGGAACUUUAUAUGAGGGAGCCCGACUCCUUUGGGAGAGUUUCCAUUGCUGCCGCGAAAGAGGGUGGUGGGCAAGACGGUCCGUGGCGAUCCCCUCUGCCCAACCACAGUAGAGACAGAGAAAGCGUUACCGGUGGUGCCUCCAAGGAUUUGCGGAGUUCUAAUAGGGAGCCAGCUGUCCGAGCCUACGGACAGAACGGGACAGAACUGCAUGGAGCUGCACACGUUGGAGUGACUGCGGGUGAACGCCACAUCGAUAAUUCCAAUAACUGGUACAGAGGGAAUUCUUUCCAUAAUAAUGCUGUUUCGAAGGUGCAGCCAUAUCUUGGUAACAAGGGUCCUCCAAUUAAUGACCCCGGAACUAAAUUUGGCAGGGAUAAGUGGCUCGUUGGAAGCUCUGUCAAGCCUUUAGUUGAGGAUCUCAGCUUUGAUAGCAUUUCUGCCGUUAAUUUGAGCUCAAUAAAGAAGAAAAAAGAAGCGACCAAACCAUCAGAUUUCCAUGAUCCAGCAAGGGAGUCAUUUGAGGCAGAGCUCGAUAGGAUCUUGAGGAUACAAGAGCAAGAGAGACAGCGGGUAGUGGAAGAACAGACCAGAGUUAGAGAAGUUGCUCGCAAACAAGAUGAGGAGAGGGAGAGGCUCAUAAGAGAGGAGGAGGAGAGGCGGCGCUUGGUGGAAGAAGAGGCCAGACGGGCUGCUUGGCAAGCUGAGCAAGAGACGCUGGAAGCUGCCAGAAGAGUUGAGGAGCAGAGGAUUGCUAGGGAGGAGGAGAAGAUGAGGGUUGCUAUGGAGGAGGAGCGGCGUAGAGAAGCAGCACGUCAAAAGCUCCUAGAGUUGGAGGCAAAGAUCGCUAGACGACGAGCUGAACCAAACAUGAGAGGUGGAAAUCUUCUUUCAGCUGCCAAUGAUGAACUAGCACUUGGAGCCUUGAAAGACAGAGAUGUGGCACAGUAUGCCAAUGCUGGUGAAAGACUUGAUAUUGACAGAAUGGGGGAGCACAUCACUACCUCCGCAGCUUUGGAGUCUUCCAGUGUCAACAAGUACAGUGAUACAGUUCCAAGGGCGCUGCACACUUUGGGAGAUGAACGCUCAUGCUUUGUUGAUAGAGAACAUGUGUAUCACAGUGCAGAGGCUGCAUUUGAAGGCCAGGAAAAUCUGCAUUAUGGUCCACGGCAUGACACUUUGGGUACAAAAAGGGCAAGUUUCCCUAAGAAAGAUUCUUAUGAUGGAUUUGGGGCAUUGUCAGCCGGGCCAUCUUCGAGAGGCCAAACAACUGAUUCACCAUGGGCACUGGAAGAUUACCGUCAAGGAAGAGUUCCAAGGUGGGAUGCACCAAGGGAGGUUGACCGUUUUGACAAGCGGUCUGAAUUUGAAAGCGAUUUUUUUAACAGCGACAGGUUUGGAGAUGCGGCAUGGCUGCCUAGUGGUUCCUAUGGAAUCCCCACUGCUCAGCAAGGAGAUGGGAUGUUUCAGAACUCUGAGGCUAAUGACUUCUCAUCUUUUACAAGAUCCCGCUACUCUAUGCGGCAACCACGUGUACCCCCACCACCACCUGCUGUGACUUCAAUGCACAGAAGUGCAAUUGGCACUUCCACUCAUCGCGCCAAUUCAUCUUUCAUUGAUGGUGGAAUGAGAGAGAGUUCCAGUAGUGCAUACCAAGAGGCAUCCCUCCAGCACGGGACACCAGCUGGAGACCUUGUUGUCAAUGACAGGGCCAGCCCUAUUUUGGGCUCACAAUCUUCUCUUUCAGUUUCAAGCCCUCCUACCUCACCACCACAUGUCUCACAUGAUGAGAUGGAUGUUUCUGGUGAUUCACCUGCACUGCCAACUUCUGCUGAUGGUGAUCGAACUGUGGUAUCUGACAAUGACCUUGCAGCUUCAACUCUAGAUGCGGCAAACGUAAGCAGAAUCGCCACCUCAAGCACAGCGUCUCACAUGGAGGAUGAUGAAUGGCCAAGUGAACACAAUGAAGCCAAGCAAAAACAGGAUGAAUAUGACGAGGAAGGCAACAUCUACCAGGAAGAUGAAAUCAAUGACGGUGAUGAUGAUAAUCUUGACUUGGAUCAUGAGUUUGCAGACAGGCAUCUUGACUUGGAUGAUGGGUUUGCAGAUGGGCAGAAUACACCUGUAGAAAUGGAACCGGUUAUACUUGGAUUUGAUGAGGGUGUACAGGUUGAAAUUCCGCUGAAUAGUGAGCUUGAAUUAACUCCUGUGAAGAGCACUGAACGGGAAGUUGGUGUACACUCAGGUGUCAUGGAGCAAGAGUUCUGUAGUGGUUCAGAUGAUCCUCGUAACCUUGUUACGGAAGCAGAGAAGAGACUGCAAGACUUGGAUCUUGAUCAAACAAAUGCCUUGACAGGUGAAUCUAGUGUUGAUCCAUCAGGUGGCACAGCCGCGUCAAGCUCCAAGUUACCUCAGGCAUCUUUCACCCACACUACUGAGUCAUCAGCUUCAACAGUAAUUGAUCGGAAUGAUGUUCCUGUUAGUCUGCAGUUCGGUUUGUUUUCUGGGCCAUCUCUAAUACCCACUCCGGUUCAAGCCAACAUUCAGAUUGGUUCCAUACAGAUGCCAAUCCAUCUCCACAACCAGAUCAACCCAACCCUGGCUCAAAUGCUGCCUUCAUCAGCUCCUUUAUUCCAGUUUGGUCAGUUGAGGCAUAUCCGCCCUGCGCCUCAGAAUGUUCAGCCGCAUUCUCAGGUGGUGCCCUCUGUUCAUCCCCCCGCACCAAAUCCACAUACAUCAAAACCGAAUGGUUCAGGUUAUCUCCCUAAUGAGAUGAAUCGAGAUGCAAAUCAUAAUGUUCCAAGCGAGCCAGUCUCUUCUAGCUUUAUUGAUAAAUCAGUUUUACCUUCAGCCGAGCUUGGGAUGGAUCAUAUAAAUUUUCAUCACAAUGCACCUGCAAAUAACCAGAUGGCUGAUGUAAAUGGAUUUCACAGCCGGCUUGACAGUACUUCAAUUGGGGAAAAUGCAAAUUCUGGAGUUUCAAAAGGUGAAUCUCAGAGGAACCAUGAUCUCUCUCUGAAGAGGAAUCACAAAAACAACAGAGAAUCUUCUCAAUUUGGCCCAUAUGGCAAUGUCUUGAAUGGCCCAAAGGCUCCAGGUGCUGUAUCUGGUGGAAGAGGGAGGAGAUAUGGUUAUGCUGUCAAAGAAUCUAUUAUGGGAUCAACAGGUUCAGUUGUUGAACCUUCUCAUAAAGAUUCCAGGGGAUUCCAGAGAAGGUCUCGUAAGAAUAUAAGAAGAACUGAAUUUAGAGUGCGGGAAAAUGUCGAGAAGAACCCAACCCAAGCUUCCGAGUCAUUUAGCCAUGAUGAGCAGAAUGAGAAGCCAUUUCCUGAUGGAUCAGCAAGGGAGAUCUCGGUGAGAAAUCUGAACAGAAAGGAAGGCGAUAGGUCAUUUAGGUCUAAUGAAGCAAGUGAUAUUAGUGGAGCAGGUCCUUCAUCUACGUCUGCUGAUUAUUACAGUAAAACAGAGAGAGUUGCGCAGAAGGCUCCAUCUUAUGAGAGAUCUCAUUAUGGGAACAAGAAAUCUAGAGCGGGUACUAUCCCUGAAGGAGAUGCUAAUACCUCGUUGCUGGCAGGAGUUGUACGUGUUGUUAAGCAGCAAGGCAUUGAAGUGCCUGUUGACGCAGAUGGUUUUAUUGAAGUAAGGUCCAAGAAGCAGAUCAUGAGUGUCAGAAGAGAACAGAGGGAGAAAGAAAAUAGAUCCAAAAUGAGGAUGGCAAAGGCUCCCCGCAAACAGCAUCAGAUCUCCCUACACAGUUCUGGCAGUUCAAGUUUCAAUAAUAAGGGAACAGUUUCCUUGGGCGGAGCAUCUGCAAAGAAAGUUACGAAUUCUGUCCCUGCAGUUGAAAGAAGAAUUGACCAAAUUGAACCAUCAACUCCACUCAUUGGUGAAACUGCUUCAGUGACACCCAUAGUGCCACCUUCAGCCAACACAGGAUCUCAUACGAACUGCUACGGCAAGAAGCCUAUCCAAGGUCAGGCAACCUCCAACUUGAUCACUUCUAGUGCUGCAGCAAAGCUCGUGGCAGGCUUAUCCGAAAACAAUAAUAAAGCGUCAUCCAUUGGCACUCCAUUUAACAUGGGUACCUGGGAUAGUUCACAGACAAACCAGCAGGUUAUGUCAUUAACUCAAACUCAACUCGAAGAAGCUAUGGAACCAGCAAAGUUUGAACGAGCAGGUCCUUUGGAGUCCGACAAUGCUUUAUCUCCCGCAAUAACCACAGAAAAUGCGUACACAUCAUCUGCUAGCCCUGUUAACUCUCUUCUGGCUGGGGAGAAGAUUCAGUUUGGUGCAGUUACCUCGCCAACUGUACUGGCUCCGAUCACCCGGACAAUUUCAACUGGGCUUGGUGCUCCAGGUUCAUCUAGGCCUGAUAUGAAGAUUGACCGAAGGCCUGGUGAUGACAAUGGUGCUACUGUUUUGUUCGAUAAGGAGAAGGCUACAACUAAAGAACCAGGUCCAAGUUCAGAGGAGGUUGAAGCUGAGGCUGAAGCAGCUGCUUCUGCCGUCGCUGUUGCAGCUAUUUGUACUGAUGAGGCAGUUUCAUCCACCGCUGAUGCAACUGCAGCUUCUACUCCAGGCAACAAAAGCUUUAGCAGUCAGGAUCUCACUGGGCUAACAGCAGGAGGGGCAGUAACAGUUCAACGUGGUCAAUCAUCUAGAGAGGAACCACUGACGGUUGCUCUUCCAGCAGACUUGUCAGUUGACACUCCGUCAAUGUCCCUGUGGCCUCCUUUACCCAGUCCACAGGCAUCGGGGCCAAUGCUUUCUCAGUUUCCUGGUGCACAACCGUCCCAUUUUUCUUGCUUUGAGAUGAACACCAUGUUAGGAGCACAUCCUUUUACUUUUGGACCAAGUGAUGAAUCUGCUGGCGCUCAGGGUCAACAGCCUCAAAGAAGCAACGCUUUGCCUUCAGCACCAUUGGGUGCUUGGCCACAAUGCCACUCUGUGGUGGAUUCAUUUUAUCGCCCCCCUACUGGCUUUGCUGGUCCUUUCAUUAGCCCUGGAGGAAUACCGGGUGUGCAAGGUCCUCCACAUAUGGUGGUCUACAACCACUUUGCCCCAGUUGGGCAAUUUGGUCAAAUGGGGCUUGGAUUUAUGGGAGCCACUUAUAUCCCUGGUGACAAGCAGCCUGAUUGGAAGCAAAACCAGGGACCUUCUGUUAGCAUUAGCCAGAGUGAUCCAAGCAACCAAAAUAUGCUACCUGGUCAAGUAGCCUCACAUGGCGUUCCUACUCAAGUGCAGCAUCUACGCCCAACUUCUAUCAUGCAAAUCCCAUCCCCAUUAACAAUGUUUGACAUGUCUCCAUUCCAGUCAUCAGGGGACAUACAGAUGCAACCUUGUUGGCCACAUAUGCCUGUACAGCCUCUACACUCAGUCCCAUUAUCAGUGCAACUGCAACAUCCAAUAGAGGGUACAGCGGCACCACAGUAUGUUCAUAACAUGCCAAGCGACAAGUCAAGUACAAAUGACCGGUUCCAGGAGCCCUCAACAUCUGUCAUGCCAUCAGAUAGCAACAAGAGCUUCGCAAGUACAGCGGCCUCUCAGUUCUCUGAUGAGUUAGGUCUUGUUAAACAGCCAGCCUCCAGCAGUUCAGAUGCUAAAACUGUUCAGUCUUCAUUGGUCCGGACAGGCAUGAUCAGCAAUGAAGUCCCAAACAGUGCCAAAGUUAUGGUUAGGACCAACGCACCAAAUAUCAACCCUGGGAAUGCUACAGGGGUGACUAGCAAUCCCAACUCUGGUCAGGUUGCCAACAUGCCCUCCAAGCCACACCAGUCUUCGUCAUCACCAGAUCAACAGUACAAACAUCCAGUUAAUAAUCAGGAUCAACGGGCCCGAGUUACCCAGAAGACUGGACCUCUGAAUGAAUGGCAACGUCGGUCAGGAUAUCCGGGAAGGAGUCAAAACUCCGGUUCUGACAAGAAAUAUGGCACUGGUAGGAUGAAGCAGAUCUAUGUCGCCAAAUCGUCAUCAACAAGUGGCCCAGCCCCAUCAGGCUAGGGCAGAUAUGCUUUUGGCAGGAACAGCUCAAAUUUCUGUGUAUGCGGAACAUAUUUUGAUGUGUCAAUCCAUUGUUUAUCUGGUGAUUAUAGACUGUCCGCAUUGUUCAUUUUUGUUUCAUUUCCGUGCAUAGAGAAAGAAAAAGUUAGUGUGGUUGCAGUGUUCAAACUCUUUAAAGCAAUAUUCCAUCAAAUUUUGCAGCCUGUGUCGUGUAUGUUGACUGUGUGCUAUCUGAAUUGUUAUUACAAUCAAUACAUACUUGUUGCCUGAUGACUCAUAGGGCAUCUUAUGAGGUGCCCAUAAUGAGCAUGCAAA